AUGAGCGCAGAUCUGUUGUCGGAUUUGGACUCCAGAUUCUUUGCGGAUAACCUCCUGACAAGCGAGGACUGGGAUGCCUGUUUGUACCAGUUUGAGAGCAUGGAGGAGGGUGACGACAGCGGUCCAGCACUCAGAUACAACACAGAGUAUGAGCGCGACCUGGUGCUGACCCUCGAACACGACAGCCGCACGUCACCAUGGAGACACCUUGACGACAACCUCCUGACGGGUGAAGCUCCGGUGAUGAAGAGUGAGAUGACCAUCGCUCAGCCGCUGCCCGUCGACAUGUUGUUCCAGAUCAAAACGGAGCCACCCUCUCCCUCCUCCAGCUCUCACUCGCCCCCUCCCUCUCCAGAUCCUCAGGUGGUGGUGAAGGGAGAGAACCCCCCCACGCCGCCCUACAUGUUUGGGGACGUGCUGUCGCCUCCUCUGGGCUCUCUUGAGGUCACUGUGGCCACAUCUGCCCUGGCCCUCCGCAGUCCCACAGCUAAAGCCACUCCUCUACCCUCGGCCCCGUCCCACCCAGGCCUGUCUCCCCACAUACUAGGCACUGUCUCAGCUCCAACAACACCCCCAACACAGACCGUCCCAGCUCCAGUCCAGACCGUCCCCCUGCAGACCCCCAGCACAGUCCUGUCCGGCUCGGCGCUGCCUCAGUCCAGGUGUAAACUCCCCCUGCAGCCGCGACCUGUGUGUGUGGCCUCUGUCCCAGGGCCUGCCCCCAGUCCCACCCUGCUGCUGCAAGGACUGAGCAGCCUAGACCAAAGCCAUUCAGUGGUCCUGUCCCCCUCAGUCUGUCUCACAUCCCCCGCCAUCGUCAAAGUGGAGCCUCUCUCUCCCAGCAUGCCUCAGUGCAGUGCAGCCCCGCCCACCAAACCCAUCGUCCCAGCAACUGCCAACCUUCCCGGCAACGGUGGCAAUGACAUUGACAUGAAGGUUCUGAAGCGGCAGCAGCGGAUGAUCAAGAACAGGGAGUCGGCCUGUCAAUCACGAAGGAAGAAGAAAGAGUAUCUGCAAAACCUGGAGACGCAGCUACGAGACGCUCAGGUGGAGAUCGAGAGGCUGAGGAGGGAGAACCAGGAGCUGAGGGGGAGGCUGGAGGGCCGAGAGGGAGGAGAUUCUGUGAGUAACAAACGCGCCAUCUGCGUCAUGGCGGUUCUGCUGUUUAUGACGUUCAGCUUCGGACCUGUCAGCAUCACAGACAAGAAGUGGGCGGACUUUAGCAGCGGUGCGGUCUCCUACACGGGAAGGAAGCUGCUGGAGUUCGAGCAUCAACAGAGUCAGAACCGACUCCAAAAACAGACUGUUUCACCCAAAAGAGCAGCGCCACAAUCCGAGCUGGAGGAGCAGAGAGGGGAGGAGGGAUGGGCCCAGGACGAGAGGUUCAACUCCGACUCUUUUCACUACAGGAACCUGAGCGACGCAUUCACAGACGUGAAGGACCUGGUGCUGGACAUCGACCGCUUCUUCUCCUCCAGCGACUGCAGACAGUUCAACCGCUCAGAGUCCCUCAGGCUGGCAGACGAGCUCCGUGGCUGGGUUCACAGACACCAAAUCGACCGCAAGAAAUCCGGAGGAAAAUCCAAGAUGGUGAAGAAGGCAAAGAUCGCCCAGAAAGCCCAGCUGAGGAAGGCCAACAUCUCCAGAUACUUGCCGAUCCAGUCCCACCGCUCUAUCGAGAGUCAGCUGCAGGUGUUGCCUGGUCCUGAGGUCUCGUACUCAGACUUCCUGGACGCCAUCGAUCGCAGAGAAGACACUUUCUACGUGGUGUCGUUCAGACGGGACCACCUGCUGCUGCCGGCCAUCAGCCACAACAAAACCACUCGGCCCAAGAUGUCCCUGGUGAUGCCCGCCAUGUCUGUGAAUGAGAGCCUUUAUAACUCGUCACGCGGCUACGAGAUGAUGAUGCAGGUGGACUGUGAGGUCAUGGACACAAGGAUCGUCCCCAUUAAGUCCUCAUCCGUCCCUCCCUCCCUUCGAGACCCGCCCCCUCCCCCGCGCACCCCCCAUCAUCACGGCAACGCCCAGCACCACGGCAACCAGUCCUCCCACCACCACCAUCAGCAUCCGCCCCCUGGCAACCACCGCGUCCGGCCCGUGGAGCUGCUGAUAGGGCAGGUCUGA